AUGCCCGCCACAGGAGGAGGACGCGCUGCCCACCCCCCGCCUUCGACGAUGCAUUCCUCGCGCAGAGAGAGUAGUGCCAUGGCCCCUUCAACCCAGCGCCCGGGCAUCAAGACACGCGCCUACUCGGCUCCCAACGUGCCCAAGUGCGAUAGUGACGUUAGCACCGACUCUCCACGCACAGACGACGACCAAGAAGGCGAGGAGAUUGCCGACGAUGCCUUUUUCCAGCGAUACCACUUCCCCCAACCCGUUCCCAUAGCCCAGGAAGAAGAGGCCGGCAGCAGCGCCGAGUCCUCGUCCGACACCGAAGGCCCACUUUCUCCCACUCAUGUCAAGGAUCGUAGCCAAGCGGGCGACUCCGUCUCGGAGCCAUCUACGGGGUCCGCCAACAGCGACUCAGCCGCCACCACCAUGCAAGACCUCAACAUUGCCGUUGUGGGAGUGCGGGGUUCAGGCAAAUCUACCUUUGCCCGACGCGCACUCGGCUUGCCCGAAGCUGCAUCCGCAGGCAAUUGCUCGCGCAGAAUGACCAUUGAUGGCACCAUCUAUGUAGUCCGCUUGGUCGAAAUGACCUUCACCGACGUGCAACUGGGCGAGCGCGGGAACAUCAAGUGGCCAGACAGCACCGACGACUUUGCCACGCCUCGUAUCCACGCCGCCGUUAUCCUCUACGAUGUUACAAACCAGGAAAGCCUGGCUAACGUGCCUGAAAUGCUCAAUACGUUCAACAAGGUCCAACUGCCGUUCAUCUUGGUUGCAUGCAAAUGCGAUCAACACCCCGCUCACCGCGAGGUCGAUCCAUCCGUGGUGGAGCACAAAGCAAAGUCCUUCAUUGGAGACGUGAGCGUGUUUCAGACCUCCGAAUCGUCGCCGGAGGCGCACCGAGCAUGCCUGUCGGUCAUCACCCGCGCAGCAAUAGCGGCCAAGCGACCUCCCUCGCAGGCCUCGAUGGCGCGGCGCCGGGCCAAUUCUUCCGCAGUACAGUCCAAGACCCAAAAGGACCUUUGGAGCCGCAAACACGAGCGUGCUAGCUCGGAAAUCUCUCUCAGGUUUCAACGUAAGCCUAGCGAGAUCAAAGGCCACCGUUAUAAGCCCAGCGACGUCAACAAAACCUUCUUCAACGCCGACGAGUCGCCCGGCUACGACUCGCAGGAUUCCGAUGAUCAAGAUUCGGAUGCUGGCCAAAGCAUCAUGUCGGUGAAGCCCUCUGACGAAAAUGGCUACACCUUUGAGCAGCUCGUCGACCGACUACUGGCACAGCCAAUGUCCAAGAAUGACACCAAAUUCGUCUCCGUCUUCCUCGCCCUGUACCGGAGGUUCGCCACACCGGGCCAGCUCCUCGAGGCCAUUAUCAAACGCUUCGAGGCUCUCAAUAAGGAAAAGGACCUACCCAUGAUCCGCAUCAUUGCUCAACUCCGCUACCUGACCAUACUACACCAAUGGGUUGCCUACUACCCUGGUGACUUUGCCUACCCCACCACCCGCCGCUUGAUUCGACGAUUUGCUUCCUCAUUGGCCUCGAACCGUGAAUUCUCCGUUGCCGCAACCGAAAUCCUCCGCGAUCUGGAAAUGGUCACCGAAGAUGACGACACCGACUGGGCCUGCAGCGAUCGCCAACGGAUGCAGAAUGAAAACAUACCCGCAUUCCACAACAACGUACUUGACGAAGACUCGGACGAAGACGAAUUCUCAAGAGCUUUGGGCCACAUGUCCAUGGACGACUCCUCGCGAAACUCCAUAGCCCGAAGUAGUUUGACUGGCGGCGCCCCAUCUACAAAUGAGUCCAUGGGCUCAUCACAGACCCUCAUCACCCAGGUCGAAAAGAACGAACGUCUUGCCCGACAACUCGAGCCCAACCCUGUCAAACCCCUAUCAAAGAUACAAUGGCACCAGUUCAUGAAUGAGCCAGAGGAUGCCAUUGCCAGAGAAUUGACCCGCAUAGAUUGGAUCAUGUUUUCCUCAGUCCGACCACGAGAUCUUGUCCGCCACGUAAUCCUCAACAACGACGAAAAGAAGAGAUGCAAGAACCUCGAAAACGUUACGCGCAUGACCGAACAUUUCAACUACAUUGCACUACUCGUCACAAACUACAUCCUCCUCCGCGACAAGCCCAAACACAGGGCACUAAUGAUGGAGAAGUGGAUGAAGAUUGCGCGGCAGCUUCGCAAGCUGAACAACUACAACAUGCUGGGUGCUGUCAUGGCUGGCAUCAAGGGCACAGCUGUUAUCCGCCUACAUGCAACCAAGGACUUGGUUCCACAGGCCACGACUCAAGAUUUUUGGAAAUUAGACAUUUUGAUGAGCCACACCAAAUCACACGCCGCAUAUCGACUGGCAUGGGACAAUAGCUCAGGAGAACGAAUUCCGUACAUUCCGCUACUUCGCCGCGAUCUCGUAUCCGCCUCCGAAGGCAACUCAACAUUUAUUGGCGACAAGAAGAAGACGGACUCAGCCUUGGCACCACAUCCAGGUGUCAGCGUCUUCGAGGCCGCUGGAGGAAAACGCGACAGCCGAGAACCAUUGCCAGGGGGAGUUGUUGGCAAGGAGAGGAUCAAUUGGCGCAAGUUUGAGAUUAUGGGCGAGGUCAUUGUCGGCGUGCAACGCGCCCAGGGCACGCCUUAUCCAAACUGGCAAAAGUGCGAAGAAAUUCGGACCCUGAUCCUCGACGUCAAGAUCAACAAGGAUGAAGAAGAACUUUGGGAACGUAGUGCCCACCUCGAAGCCCAAGGAGCCAAUGAAAAGGGUAGAAUAGCUCGAUGGUUUCGAGAGCGUUAG